UUCGAAUUAAAGAUGGCGGAAAGUUCUGUCAGUUGCAGCUCCCAGUCUACAUUUGUAGACAGAAAAUCUUCCGAUUCAUCGAGCGAAAAUACUGUCACGCCAAAUCAUAGUUCUCCAAGUUCAACAGAAAAUUACGUCCCUUCUAGAACUUGUGAUUGGACUAGAAGUUUAAUUGAUAAACUUGGACUGCGUUAUGAAUGUAAACAACCACUUGAAAUCGUAAUGAAACACAUGGCUAACUUGGCUCAUCUUUUUCCGGACGAGGUUGAUGCUCUCGAGGAAGUGGCGAAUAAACUUGGUUGCAGACUUGGAUGUGUGGGUUAUUUUAAUUGUGAAAGUUUGAUUAAUAUUCCCGUGCACGGUCUCUGCUUCUUGGACCAGAUUGAUAUAUGCUUACUACAAAGGAACAUCCCAUUCGAGGAAAUAGACAUGAUUCAACAGGUUAGGAACACUUCACCUAUUUAAAGAGACACUACAGCUCAUUUUGCGGAAAAAUCAUGAAAUGACAAUUUUCCUAGCGCUUUCUCAAUUUUUGUUGCAUUGUUGAAAGUAUGAACUUUGCGAAAAUAACACUUAUCUAAAGUUAAAAAUUAUCGUUUUAACAUAAAAAUUAAUACUUUUUGAUGUCCUAUGCAAAAAAUAUCGAGUCUCCUCCUUUCAGUCUUCAGACGCAUGCGCAUAGACAGUAAACAGUGCAGCAUGUCGUCCAGUGAGAGAAAGUGUAGUUGAUAGAUCUAGAAUUUUGACAGAUUCUGUGAGAAAAGAGGUGAAAAUAGAAUGAGAUAAAACUCAUACGUGAAAUAAAAUUUACCUUGGUAUCAGUUUGACCGUUGGAAAACAAAGAGCUCGGAGAAACCCAUGUAACUCAGUGGCGGAUCUAGGAUUUCCGAAGGGGGUGUGAAAGUCAAAGAUUAGCCACAGUAAUCGGCCAUUCUGGUGCAAAAUUUGGAUUUUCAUUCACAAUCUGUGGCGUAAAAAGGGAGGGGGAUCCUGUCCCCCCCUCCCCCCUAAAUCUUCCAUUGAGACUAGCUGCGAAGACACUACUUUUAAAAGCAAGUGCUAUUUUUAUCUGAACACGACACGUGUUAGUUGUAAAAACAUCGGUCAAUGGGAACAUAGAAGGAUUUCUGUUGAAAUAAUGAUUUAUAUAAUUACUUAUUUUAAGGAGCAGGGAAUACUCUUAUACUUGAAAGGUGAGUGUGGACCCCCUUGAAGGGAAAUUUAAAUAAUUUCCUACACAACACCUUUGCUGUCAUUCAAAACCACGUGAUGUAAAUAAGCAUUCAAAAGUCCGAGUCAGAAUGAAGAAACCUUUGAAUUCCGAACGAUCUUCAAAGCGCAGUUGAGGGUAAAUUGAUGCAUCCCAAUUGUUCAAAAUUGUCAGUAUCGAUAUGAAUUUCAUCAUUUUAUCAAUACAUGUUUUAAAAAACACUUUAUUAAAAUGUGGAAAAUGAGCUGUAGUGUCUCUUUAAGAAGUGAACAGCACUUUUGAACUGUUCUGACAUGGUCAAUAUGAACAGAUUUGGAUUUGAGGCAAAUUCUAGGAAUCACACUAGUGAUUCACUGAGAAUUUGCCUCAAAUUCAAAUCCGUUCAAAUUGAUCAUGAACAGCUCUGAAGUGCUAUUCAUUUCUUUAAUAUAUUUAUAUAUUCAUUUACUAAAUUGCCGUUUGUUUACAUUGCUUCUGUUUUGUUGCAUAAAACGAACCCCUACUUCUGUCACAGUCCUAUUGUGCAGGGUUGGCAAAAAAGUGGUCAAUAUGAGUAUUGACCGGGCCGGUGGUCAAUACUGGUUAAAACCGGUCAAUAGUGGUCAAUACUGGUUGAUUGAAAAUUGUUUGGUCAUUAUAGUCUGUGUUGUGGGUUAUUUUAAAUGUUUCAGUGGCCAUUAUGGUAAAUACUGUAAUUCAUAACAUGUACUAUCAGUUUAUAAUAUACUUGCAAGUCAUGAUAUUAAAUAAAUAAUGUAAAUGACUCAAUUAAAUAGGGGAAGAUAUAAAAGUUUAUUGUAAAAAUUAAAAACUGUUUCGUGGCCGUAUUACUUUGGCACUGACAAGAGCAUUGCAGUCUUUACAUCUUGCUGUGGUCUUGUUGUUGUCCUCAACUAUAUCAUAGAAAUUCCAAAAUGUUUUGUUGAAGCCAUAGAUAGUAUGAUGGGGGAAGUGUUUUCUAUUUCUGUUCAAAUUCUUUAGUUUAUCAAGAACUACCUAUUGUUUCAAAUCUUCAUUUAACUGUUAAAUAAACAUUUUAGGGGGUGUGCUGGUGAUGUUUUCAUAAACAAUAACAUGUACACUGGUCCUCUCUGGUCCCAGAGUAUGCUAAUUAACAACUGUCAACUCUGUUUCCUGUGCUCAGGUACAUCUCCUGCUCUGUACAUUGCAACACAUUGUUUAUCUACAGCAUCAGUCACCCAAUUCAUAUUAAAUUACUGUGUUUAUUUAAUGUCCUGUUAUUCUUAAUCUGUCCAGGUACAUGUAUAAGAAGAUCCUAUUGUCUAGUUAUGCUAUAUGUGACCCUCUUUUAUAGUUCUGAAGAUAUUAUGGUCACAGUUUCAGCAAACCAUUAUUAAACUUAUGAAAUUACAUCUAAUUAUAUAAUGAAAAUUAUUGAUAACCAAUUGAUCCAUAUAUAAUAAUGAAAAGGCUUGAUUUAUCUUUGCAAAAAAUAUACAAAAAUAGGAAAAUGGACAGUUUAAAUCUCAAUUGACCAGUAUUGACCACUUAGGGAGUAUUGACCGGGACGGUUAAAACCGCUGGUUAAAACCGGGGGCGGUUUUAACCAGCGGUUUUAACCGGUUUUAUCUUUAUUGAAAACCGGGGGCGGUUUUAACCGCCCAACCCUGCUAUUGUGACAUAUAUGUCAACACAUAGACAUGACGUCACACUUCGUUUCGCCCUGCCUUUAUCAACAUUGCACAGUGCACUGUAUUUUGGUAACCUUACUACUUAGGAGACAGCAAUAUUGGGAUGAUAAUCCACGUAAAUUGACAAUCUUAAUCCGAGGUGUGACUUGCGAGAUAUUUGUAACACAAUUCAUGUAUAUUUUUUCGAAUCGUUACGCUCUCUCAGUCGCGUGCUUUAAACUAGUUCAUAGUCAAUAUGAACGGAUUGUGUCGCACGCUGAAAUUGGUCGGUUCACAGAGGAAAAUGCAAUUUGUAAUAUAAUUAUAGCGAGAUAUUCUUGCUAAAAUGUGAUUAUCCCUCUUUAGCGAGAGAGUAAACAUUACUAUAAACAGGUGUUUUGCAUCUUUAUUGAAAAUAAUGGCAAGUCCUAUGCAACGCUAAAUAAGCUCGAUACAUGUACUCAACAUGACGCAAAUUGUUUUUAUUAAAUUGACAAUAGUCAAGAAGUUGCAUAUCAAAGUUGCUGCAUAAGAGGGAAGCAGUCUGAAAUCCAGUACACAUCGUUCGUGUUUUUGUUUUGAUUAAUAUAAUAUUUGCAGAAGUAUCAGACAUUUUAGCACUUCUUCUUUUCACGUGAAAGACAAAGAGGUGUACUCCACGGGUGUUUUUCUCAGUUGUACGGGAUAUAUUCACUCUCACUAGAAAGGGAUAAUCGCAUUUUAGCGAGAAUAUCUCGCUUUAGGGGAAGUGUUCCCAACCUGUUCAAGGGCCAGGAACUAUGAAGCGUUAGUUCAAUUGAGUUGGAGUAACUCCUAUGGUGGAAUGAUUAUAAAGUAUGAGACGGUCCCAUCUAUAA